UUCCAAGUGCUCGGGGUGACAUGUGUAUAAAUAAGCAAUGUUGGGAAAGUGAUCUCAGUUUACUUCCUACUACAAAUCUGUCCACUACUACUUUCUUACUUUCGCCAUUGUUAUCAAUAUCAUCACUGCAAAGUCCCACCCAACCCAAACAGAAUCAAUCCUUCACGGAGGAACCACCAAAUCUCUCCCCUUUAAGCUCUGUUUCUCCACUUGCUUCUCCUUUCAUCCAAUUCCAAUAUUCCCUUUUUCUUCCCUGACUCCUGGUCCGUGAUUUUUCUCACUUCCUACUACUACUACUGGUGCUUCCAUGGCGUCCGACGAAAGCUCCACCGUCCUCUCUUCCGUCGACGACUUCCUCGACCCCGACGCCGACGACGGCUACGAUCUCCACUCCUCCCACCCUCACUCCCACCACAACCUCUCCCGUCUCUCGGUCUGCACGAGCUCCAUGUACACCAACGACGGCGACGACGACGAAGACUCAGCCAUGAGCCGGAUUUUCAUGUCCGGGCUGUCGAUCGACAGCUUCGACGCCGACGCGGAGCUCUCCGACCAGAACCCAAAUCGGGUCCGCCCGAACCCGACCCUGGGACCCGUACGCCUCGACCUCAUCUCCUCCGAUUCCGACUCCGACAAGGAGCCGGGGUGCUACUCGCUCCCCUCGACGCCGCCGCGGCGGCGGAACAGGGGAGGCCCGCUGCCGAUCAGGGGAGCUGAAGCGGCGAAGGAGUACGCCAGCGAGAACGAAGGAGGGAAGAAGGGGGUUUCGACGGGGCGGAAACUGAGGAGGAAUCCGAGGCGGCGGCGGUUGGUUAGUCAGGAGAGAUGGACCGACGGCGGCGGAGAAAGCGAGAACGGCGGCGGUGGUGGAGGAGGAGGAGGAGGAGGGCUGGUGGUGAUCACUCGGCCGAAAGGAGGGAGCCGGCCUCUGUGUAUGGAUUUGGGGGAAGUGAAGGCCUGUAAAGAUCUAGGCUUUGAGCUGGAGCACGAGAGGAUGGUGUCGGUUUCGGGGACGAGCAGCGGCGGCAAUUCCCCCAUCGCCAAUUGGCGGAUCUCCAGCCCCGGGGACGAUCCGCGGGAUGUGAAGGCCCGGCUGAAAGUGUGGGCACAGGCGGUGGCGUUCGCGUCGUCCACCGGAAAACAGGGCGGCGGCGGCGGUGCGAUCUGAUCGAGUGACCGAAUUUGGGUUUUUCGUUGUAAGUAUUCCCUUGUAAGUAUUCCCACCGGAGAAUUGGGUUUUUCGUCGGCGAGAUUGGGUCUCUUUUUUUUUUGCCCCAUUUGUGGGGGAAGUGUUUGGUUUGGUCCUGUGCGAUUACAUCGGCGGCACGGAACUCUGUCGACUGUAGAUUAUAUCAAUGGAGGUUAAUAAUCAGCGUAGAUAAUACAGUUUAUUGGAAUUAGAUGAGGAUGAGAAGGCAGCCAUGUCGGCCUGCUUCUCCACUGAAUCGUUUUGUUGUUAUUCUAUGGGCGCAGAGCUUUUUGUCUGUGUGCGUUGGUUUGCAGAAUUUGAUUUGGUAACCUCUUCCUGUUCAUGAAACGAACAAGAGAUGAGAAGGAGAUAGGAUGGUGAUUUUGGGAGCUGGGUAAAAUACAGGCACGGAACCCCAGGUUUAGGGAUAAGAGAGCUCUCCAUUGCUCUGCCCUGAGUGGAUUGGCAACUUUUUUUUUUGUUGGCUUGCAGUGGUGACACCAACUCUUGCCCAACUUUGACUGCCAUCGUAACAAAAACAUACUAUGACGAUUGACGUGUUUCGAACUUUCGAUGAUGGGGUUUGUUUGUAGGUCACACAAAUCACAACUAGUUGUGGAGUCGGAUCAAAUUGGUCUACGAGAGGU